AUGUCACCAUCUAGGUACUACCCUCGUCCAGGCUCUCACCUUCCCCAGACAGAUGGCCCUGCAAGCCGUCACUCUUCGCCGGGACCGGCUCCCAAGUCCCAGACGCCCCCGACUACCCCGCCGCCCUCUCUAGACUACGCCCCGCGAGCGUCGGACGACAAGGCCCUGACGGCGUUUGCGCAGUUGGGAGCGCUGCGUCUGAAUGCGCGGAGAUGUCUCAUAUCCUUCUUCGACAGGACCGACUGCUUCCUCCUCGCCGAAGCCACGCGCACUCUGUCGUUACAGACUGGCGAGCCCGAAUUCGAAGACGACCGUUUGUGCUUCGGCACCACCAUCUUCCCCAAAGAACAGAGCCUCUGUAACUACACCGUCAACCUCGCUCCCAAAUACAGCACGCUCCCUCUCGACGAUCCGAGCGACCUUCCUUCCCUCGUCGUCAACGAUCUCAGCAAAGACAAACGCUUCUGCAACUUUCCCUUUGUCCAGGGCCCACCAUACUCGCGUUUCUAUGCCGGAGUACCGAUCCGCAGCCCAAGCGGCCACAGCAUCGGCACAUACUGCGUUCUGGAUGAGAACCCGCGGGACGGCUUGUCGCCGCAUCAGCUCGCUUUCUUGAAGAGCAUGGCAGGCACAGUGAUGCGGCACUUGGAAAGGACCAGGGCAGCGGAAGAUCAUCGCCGGGCCAAGAUUAUGGUCAAGAGUCUGGGAUCCUUUGCUGAAGGGAAGAGCGGCUUGGAGAACUGGACCGUCGAUCCCUGGGAUCAGGAGACGGGGCAGUCGUCAGGUCUACCAGAUGCGAUCAUACCCCAGCGCCAGCGUCCUUCUGCCAAUUCCGACGCUGCGCAAGAUCCAGUCGUGCUCAAUGGAAACAUAGAUCCGGCCAUGAGAAUUCCGAAGGACACUCCACCUGCAACCGGUGCGCCUCCGAGUUUAGUCAACGGAGAGACAGUCGAUACUAUGCGUCCGGAGAUGACUACUACGACGUCGUCCACUUCCACGAAAGGCUUCACCAAGACUGAUCAAAAGGAUAGAGUGGCCCCAGAACUGAGGGCUCACUUCACACGGGCAGCGAACAUGAUCGUAGACUCAACGGAGGCAGAAGGCGUGGCAUUCUUUGACGCAAAAAUCAGUACCUUUGGAGGUCUUGUCGACGAUGACUUUGAUCCCGAUCAGCUACCUGAGCCGGACAAACCUUGCGAUAUAUUAGGGGCGGCGCUUUGCAGAACCGAUCGCGACACGAAGCCGCUACCCAACACCGGAGAAUGCAUCUCAGAAAGUGUUCUUAGACACCUCCUGCGACUCUAUCCACAUGGCCAGAUUUUCCAUCUCGACGACGAUCCUGCAACUCCUUCGGUCGCCUCGCCAUCGACAGCUGGCGUGGACGAAGUCGAGUCAGCCGACGGGUUUCCGUUCAGUACACCGCGCAAAACAGAAUCUACCAGAAGCUUGGAUGACGAAGCUUACUUGAGGAGGGUUUUUCCGACCGCUCGGAGUUUGAUACUCUAUCCACUGUGGGACCCACAUCGCGAACGUUGGUUUGCCACGGCUGUCAUCUGGAGCUCGGAACCGAAGAGAAUCUUCACGACCGAACAGGAGCUCAGCUACCUGGCAGCGUUCAGCAACUUUGUCAUGGCUGAGGUCGCUCGUCUAGACACAAAACUAGCUGAUGCUGCAAAGGCCGAUUUCAUCUCGUCGAUAAGCCAUGAGCUGCGGUCACCACUGGUUCUUGACUUUGCCAAAAUCAACAAUUUGACCCGGGGAGUUUCGAAGCGCCAGAAGAAGCGGACACAGAGCGCGAAGCAUAUGAUCAGUCCGGGCCAAGCUCAUACCAAUGAUAUCAUGACACUAAUCAACGACGUCGAUAUGAGCAUUUUGACAGAAGAUGUGGUCGAGAGUGUCUUCGCAGGCUACACCUACGCGAAGACGUCUGCUCAAACAUACGAGUUAACCGCCUCUAAAGUAAACAAACCGCCGAUAUCUAUCAUUCUCGACAUCAAUCAGAGCGACAACUACGUCUUUCGCACUCAGCCUGGCGCAUGGCGGCGAGUCAUUAUGAACCUGUUCGGCAACAGCCUGAAAUAUACACCGGGUGGGUACAUCAAGGUGAAACUUGAGGUUAAGCGGAAGCCUGAAGACGAGGACGAGACCUGCGAGUUUCGGUUCUCGGUGACCGACUCUGGUAUUGGAAUGUCAGAGGACUAUAUCAACAACAGGCUCUUCCACUCCUUUGCGCAGGAAAACCCUUUAAGCCAGGGCACAGGUCUAGGUCUUUCGAUCGUCAAACAGAUUGUGGAAUCUCUGGGAGGCGAGGUAGAAGUGCGUAGUGAGAAAGACCGCGGCACCAAGUUUACAGUCACAUGUCCAUUGAAAGAGUCACGAAUGUCUCCCAACUUCUGUGCAACCGGUCCAGAAGGAGAGAAAGAUCUGCAGCUACAACAGGUCACCAAGCGCACCAAGGGUCUGAAAGUGAGGUUUGACGGUUUCAAUGAGGAAGAGGAGUAUCAUGUUAGAGAUUUGAAGAACAAGACAGCGUCGAAGCUAUCGUUAAAGGCGCUCGACAGCCUUUGUGCUGAGUGGUUCGGCAUCGAAAGAUGCGAGGAGGGCGACAAUGCGGCCGAACCAGACCUGAUCAUCGCUACCGAAACCUGCGCCAAAGCGUUACGGACUACGUACAGCCAGUCUCCCGGUCGAGUGUCUCCAACCCCUGUUAUAGUCGUGUGCCAGGGCGCCGCAGCAGCACAAUCUACAACAGCCAUUACGGUGCCGGGGAUCAUCUUCGAAUGUAUCGGCCAGCCCGUCGGACCCCACAAGAUGUCGAAGGCUCUAGCCUCAUGUCUCGAUCGACACGCAAGACGCGCCGAGACACAAAAAAUGGACGUCAAGUUGAUGAUCCCACGGAUAACAGAGCUCAGUUUAAAAGAGGAAGCAACUCCCCGUCGCACCGACCACCUGCAUGUCGUAGAGCCAUCUCGACCGCAGCUCACCAGCAUUAGUAGUGCUCCCGAGAUACGCUCAAUCAACAACAGCCCACCCCGAACAUCCAAAUACCUGAAACCCUCGCGCGCACUGCGCUGUCUCUGCGUAGACGACAACCCCAUCAACCUCCGCCUGCUGCGAACCUUCGUCGACAAGCUUGGCCACCAACACGUGCUCGCCGCCGACGGCCUCGAAGCACUCGAAGCCUACAAAGCCGCCAGCGACGAAGACUCGCGCAUCGACGUCGUCCUCAUGGACAUCAACAUGCCCAUCAUGGACGGCCUCGAAGCCACCCGCCAAAUCCGCGCCCACGAAAUCCGUUCCAACCUCCCCAAAGUCACCAUCAUCGCCCUCACCGGCGUCGCCGAUACAGACAUCCAACAAGAAGCCAACUCCAGCGGCAUCAACCUCUUCCUCAUCAAGCCCGUCCGCCUCGCUGAUCUCGAAGUUAUUCUGAAGGGCGUGGUUACCGGCCAGGACAAAGCGAACCUAGAGCUUGAAGCAGAGAAAGAGCGAAUUAAACAGGCGGAAGCAGAUGCUAUCCUCAAAGUCGAGAGCGUGGACGAGAAAACACGCAGUAUCAACGUGGGUGUUGCGGUCGUCAAGGGCGAGGACGAUAUACAGAAGGCGGUUAAAGUGUUCGAGCACAAGAAGAGUGCGUCGGUGAUAUGA